CCGCCCUCCCAACAAUCGGAUCCCCGCCGUUUAUUUACUCCCCGCGGAAUCCUCCCCCACUCUCUUAAUCAACCACACAUCGCCAUGCAAUUUACCCCCACUUUCUCUCUCUAAGGGCACUCUCCUCUCGCUCUGUCUCUCUCCUCUUCUUGCAUGGUCUGAGAAACUUUGAGAUCCCCUUUAUCUCAGACUCGUGCUUUGUUUGAUCGGCGAGUGGAGUGGAAAGGCGGCUGGUCCAGAAGAUGUCGCGGAGUUGCUCGCAGUGCGGGAACAACGGGCAUAACUCGCGGACCUGCAUGGAUGGAGGAGGAGCAGGAGGCGGAGGCGGCUGUGGCGGGGAGGGGACCGGCGGCAUCAUGCUGUUCGGGGUGCGCCUGACGGCGGAUGGCUCGGCCUUCAGGAAGAGCGCGAGCAUGAACAACCUCUCGCAGUACGAGCACAGUCCGGAGUCCUCCAACGUGGUCGACGCCGGCUACGCCUCCGACGAUGUCGUUCACCCCUCCGGUCGCAGCCGUGAAAGGAAGAGAGGAGUUCCAUGGACGGAGGAAGAGCACAGGCUGUUCUUGCUGGGACUCCAGAAGGUGGGGAAGGGGGAUUGGAGAGGGAUCUCUAGGAACUUCGUGAAAACGCGGACGCCGACACAGGUGGCGAGCCACGCCCAGAAGUACUUCCUCCGGCGGACCAACCAGAACCGGCGACGCCGGCGGUCCAGCCUCUUCGACAUAACCACCGACUCGUACUUUGGGGUUUCAAGCUCUACAAUGGAGGAGGGUCAUCAUCAAGCGCACCAAGUACCCAGCUUCCCUCUUUCCUUGCCUCCGGCGGUUUCACCGGGAACCGGCGAGAAACUGCUGGAAAGUCUGCGACUAAGAAAAGAGGGCUGCCAGUCGAAACCCACCCCGUCGAAGCCCAUCCGCCCGGUCCCGAUCCUUCCCAUCCCUCCGUCCUCGAAAAUGGCGGCUCUCGACCUCAACAAGGCGACCGCAGCUUCGGAACCGGCGGAGCCCUGGCCCCUGUCUCUCAAGCUCGCCACGGCGAAACCCUCUGACGACCAGCAGGCGGCAGCGGCACCAGCGCCAGCAACAACCCCACACUCGUCGCCGACCAACAGCAUCAUCAGCGUGGCCUGAGGAAUCAAUGGUCUUGUAUGGUCAUAUCCAUAAUCACCAAAUGAUCGGGCUGCAAAGUUGCUAAAGUGGUGGGGGAUCUCCUAGAGCUUAGAUGAAAGUAGAGAUUAGGAAUUAAUUAGAAGGUUUAAGUAGGAGUCAUUGUUUGCUUUUGUACAUAAGCUAAGGGAAACAUCAAGAUGGUGGGGACAGGAGAUGCGAUGUCGUUUUCGUGGUGGUGGUCUACGUUGGUGUCCAGUUGGUCGGGGUUAGGGUUUGCUUUUUCGUGGGUAAAUGGGGAGAGUACCAGGUACCUCUUCUGGUCAUUGGUCCGGCUUGCUUUGGGAGCCUCAACUUAGGAAAAGGAAAAUAUCUGUCCGUGAAUAUUCUUGUCUAUAUGUCUCUGUUUUCUUCCUUUCUUUCUUUUCUUGUUUAAUUGAAGUAUUUUCGGGCGUUAUAAUAUGUUGUUUUAUA